UCCCCACCGCCCCCCGCCCCCCACCGCUCCCUCCCUCCUUCCGUCCCCCGCCAGCUCCCCUCACCCCGCCUCCUUCCCGCUCCCCACCCCCAAAGCCUCUCCGCCGCGGCAGUCCGGUGCGAGGCCCCCUCCGGAAGGUGAGGGGAAUGGAUUGGACUCCGGUGGGGAAAGCGGGUGUCUAGAAGUGGUGCUAAUGGGAAGAGAUUUCUGGUUUCAAAAGAGGAUGCUCUGCCACAAAGAGCGGCUCGCGCGCUGGCCUGGGCUCUAGCCGAGGAGAGAUCCCGGGAGAACUCCGGAGCUCGCGGGGAGCGCUCCUCGGAAGACCGGGGUCAACAUGCCUGUUCGCAGGGGGCAUGUGGCACCACAAAACACAUUUUUGGGGACAAUCAUACGGAAAUUUGAAGGGCAAAAUAAAAAAUUUAUCAUUGCAAAUGCCAGAGUGCAGAACUGUGCCAUCAUCUACUGCAACGAUGGGUUCUGCGAGAUGACUGGUUUCUCCAGGCCAGAUGUCAUGCAAAAGCCAUGCACCUGCGACUUCCUCCAUGGGCCCGAGACCAAGAGGCAUGAUAUUGCCCAAAUUGCCCAGGCGUUGCUGGGGUCAGAGGAGAGGAAAGUGGAGGUCACCUACUAUCACAAAAAUGGUUCUACUUUCAUUUGUAACACUCACAUCAUUCCAGUGAAAAACCAAGAGGGCGUGGCUAUGAUGUUCAUCAUUAAUUUUGAAUAUGUGUCAGAUGAAGAAAAUUCUGCUUCCCCAGAGAGGCUAAAUACAAUAUUACCAGUCAAAACUGUAAACCGGAAACUUUUUGGGUUCAAGUUCCCUGGUCUGAGAGUUCUCACUUACAGAAAGCAGUCUUUACCACAAGAAGAUCCCGAUGUGGUAGUGAUCGAUUCAUCUAAGCACAGCGAUGAUUCCGUAGCCAUGAAGCACUUUAAGUCUCCUACUAAAGAAAGCUGCAGCCCCUCGGAAGCAGAUGAUACAAAAGCCUUGAUACAGCCCAGCAAAUGUUCCCCCUUGGUGAAUAUAUCCGGACCUCUUGACCAUUCCUCUCCCAAAAGGCAAUGGGACCGACUCUAUCCCGACAUGCUGCAGUCAAGCUCCCAGCUGACUCAUUCCAGAUCAAAGGAAAGCAUUUGUAGUAUACGGAGGGCUUCAUCGGUUCAGGAUAUAGAAGGAUUUAGUGUCCACCCCAAGAACAUAUUUAGAGACCGACAUGCCAGUGAAGACAAUGGUCGCAAUGUUAAAGGGCCUUUUAAUCAUAUCAAGUCAAGCCUCCUGGGAUCCACGUCGGAUUCAAACCUCAACAAAUACAGCACCAUUAACAAGAUUCCACAGCUCACUCUGAAUUUUUCAGAUGUCAAAACUGAAAAAAAGAACACAUCCCCUCCUUCUUCAGAUAAAACCAUUAUUGCACCCAAAGUUAAAGAUCGAACACACAAUGUGACAGAGAAAGUUACCCAGGUUCUCUCUUUAGGAGCAGACGUCCUACCAGAAUAUAAACUGCAGACACCACGCAUCAACAAGUUUACAAUAUUGCACUACAGUCCUUUCAAGGCCGUCUGGGAUUGGCUUAUUCUGCUGUUGGUCAUAUACACUGCUAUAUUCACUCCCUACUCUGCAGCCUUUCUCCUCAAUGACAGAGAAGAACAGAAAAGACGAGAAUGUGGCUAUUCCUGUAGCCCUUUGAAUGUGGUAGACUUGAUUGUGGAUAUUAUGUUUAUCAUAGAUAUUCUAAUAAACUUCAGAACAACAUAUGUAAAUCAAAAUGAAGAAGUGGUAAGUGAUCCAGCCAAAAUAGCAAUACACUACUUCAAAGGCUGGUUCCUGAUUGACAUGGUUGCAGCAAUUCCUUUUGACUUGCUGAUUUUUGGAUCUGGUUCUGAUGAGACAACAACAUUAAUUGGUCUUUUGAAGACAGCUCGACUCCUUCGUCUUGUGAGAGUGGCCCGAAAACUUGAUCGAUAUUCAGAAUAUGGGGCUGCUGUUCUAAUGCUCUUAAUGUGCAUAUUUGCCCUGAUUGCUCACUGGCUGGCUUGCAUUUGGUAUGCGAUUGGGAACGUAGAAAGGCCCUACCUGACUGACAAAAUCGGAUGGUUGGAUUCCUUAGGACAACAAAUUGGGAAACGUUACAAUGACAGUGACUCAAGUUCUGGGCCAUCCAUUAAAGACAAAUAUGUCACAGCACUUUAUUUUACCUUCAGCAGUUUAACGAGUGUAGGAUUUGGGAAUGUGUCGCCUAACACCAAUUCGGAGAAAAUCUUUUCAAUUUGUGUCAUGUUGAUUGGCUCACUAAUGUAUGCAAGCAUUUUUGGGAACGUAUCAGCAAUUAUCCAAAGACUAUACUCCGGAACUGCCAGGUACCACAUGCAGAUGCUGCGAGUAAAAGAGUUCAUUCGCUUUCACCAAAUCCCCAACCCUCUGAGGCAACGGCUUGAAGAAUAUUUCCAGCAUGCAUGGACUUACACCAAUGGCAUUGACAUGAACAUGGUCCUAAAGGGUUUCCCAGAAUGUUUACAAGCUGACAUUUGUCUACAUCUCAACCAGACUUUGCUGCAAAACUGCAAAGCCUUUCGAGGGGCAAGUAAAGGUUGCCUUAGAGCUUUGGCAAUGAAGUUCAAGACCACCCAUGCACCUCCAGGAGAUACCCUGGUUCACUGUGGGGACGUCCUCACUGCACUUUAUUUCUUAUCCAGAGGCUCCAUUGAAAUCCUCAAAGAUGACAUUGUGGUAGCUAUUCUGGGAAAAAAUGAUAUAUUUGGAGAAAUGGUUCAUCUUUAUGCCAAACCUGGAAAGUCUAAUGCAGAUGUAAGAGCUCUCACGUACUGUGACUUGCAUAAGAUCCAGAGAGAAGACUUGCUAGAGGUUUUGGACAUGUAUCCUGAGUUUUCUGAUCACUUUCUCACAAACCUAGAGUUGACUUUCAACCUAAGGCAUGAAAGUGCAAAGGCUGAUCUCUUAUUACAAUCCCAGUCCAUGAAUGAUUCUGAAGGAGACAACUGUAAACUACGCAGAAGGAGAUUGUCAUUUGAUAGUGAAGGAGAGAAAGAUUUUGGCAAAGGAAGCACUACAAAUGAUCCUGAAGACUCUGUAGAUACCAUAAGACAUUAUCAGAGGUCCAAGAAACACUUUGAAGAGAAAAAAAGCAGAUCUUCAUCUUUCAUCUCCUCUAUUGACGAUGAACAAAAGCCUCUCUUCUCAGGAAUUGUAGAUUCUCCUCCAGGAAUAGGGAAAGUAACUGGACUUGAUCUUGAAGAAACAGUACCCACCUCAGGAAGAAUUCCCAUAGAUAAAAGAAGUCACUCUUGCAAAGAUAUCGCUGACACCAGAAGCUGGGAAAGAGAGACUGCCGGAACUCAGGCUGAUGAGUCUAGUCCCUCAGCGCUUCCGCGAGCUGCCUGGGGCAUCUCUGAAACCGAAAGUGACCUCGCCUACGGAGAAGUGGAGCAAAGAUUAGAUCUGCUCCAAGAACAGCUUAACAGACUUGAAUCCCAAAUGACUGCAGACGUCCAGACCAUCUUACAGCUGCUGCAGAAACAAACCACUGUGGUCCCCCCAGCCUACAGUAUGGUAACUACAGGAACAGAGUAUCAGAGACCCGUCAUCCACCUGAUGAGAACCAGUCAUCCGGUAGCAUCCAUCAAGACGGAUCGAAGUUUCAGUCCUUCCUCACAAUGUCCUGAAUUUCUAGACCUUGAAAAAUCUAAACUUAAAUCCAAAGAACCCCUCUCAAGUGGGGUGCAUCUGAACACAGCUUCGGAAGACAACUUGACUUCACUUUUAAAACAAGACAGUGAUCUCUCUUUAGAGCUUCACCCCCCGAGGCAAAGAAAAACUUGCCUUCAUCCAAUUAGGCAUCCUUCUUUGACAGAUUCAUCCCUAAGCACUGUAGGAAUCUUGGGUCUUCAUAGGCAUGUUUCUGAUCCUGGUCUUCCGGGGAAAUAAUCAUUUUGUACUAUUUAUUCCACAUACAAUGUAAGUGCUUUUAAUGGCUGAUUUCCUUUUUUGUAUUUAAAUCCUCUCUACUUGACUCAGGGGCUCACAAGUUACCAUUAUAUGCAAAAGUACUGUAUAUUUUCCUAAAUUGAAGCUUGUAAGGUAAAAUUGAGCAGUUAGGAUGUAAAUAUAUCUAUGAACUCUUUUGUUCCAAAUGUUAAAACUGCCAGCAUCUCAAGGCACCUCAUUUUUUAUUUUUAUUUUUUAAAUCAUGUGCAUGUUAGGAAACUCCAAUUUCUCUUGCAUGGAGACUCCUAGUUACUGCUUUUACUAAACCCAUACUUUGUUACGAAAAUGCCUUCCAAGCAAAUAAGAAAGCAAAGGAUAAAAUUGUUCAUGGAUGCAACUCAGAUGAUCCUCAACUCAUGGAAGUUCAAGGGGGAGAUAGGGAACCUUGUCACUUUUGAGGACAGAUACGCUUCUGGACUGAGAUGUUUAUAGUAAAUUACAUUCAUUCCCGCACGCUAAAAAAUAUAUAGUUUUAGAGUUAUAAAUCUCUGACAGUAGAGGAAACCGUCUCCAAAUACAUGAAUAUAGGCCAGCUUUAAUGAGGACAAAAAGGCCUUUCUAUUUAAAAUUCUGUCUCUAACUGAAUUCACAAACUCCCUAAAAUAUUUUCCACUGGCAUGUUUCCUUGAAUGCUCAGAAACAAGUUUCUCUAAUUUUUCUUUUUCUUUGGUGGCGGGGGUGGGGUGGGAGGGAUUCUUCUUCAGAACUGCUAAAGUGCUACAGACACAAACUGAUAUCCACAGCUUUCUUCUGACUUAUAUUUUAGGGCAAUCCUGAAUUUGAUCAAAAGAGUUUAUUGACGCACAUUGUUUUCUUCCCCCCAAAACGUACAAUUUUAGUGGAUUUGUGUGGCGAAACUAGCUUCCAUGAAGUAUAUGCCGUGCUAUAUGGCUUUCUAAUCCUGGCUGUAAAAGAACAACGUGCAUUUACCUACGUAUAAAGAAAAUGCACAAACCAGCAGAAAAAUUUAAUUUUAUUUGGUUACUCAAAUACAUUUGCUAAUCAAAGAUUAAAUGAAAAUCUAUCCUGUAUGGAUUGGACUCCAGAAUAUCAGAAUAUACCAUGGAAUAUAUUUUAAUAUAUUCGACUGUUAGAUUAUUUUGGGGGAGUGGUGGUAUAUGCCUCUCAUAAAAUCAGGGUACAGAAAAAUUGCAAGCUAAUUUAAGAUUCUGAUUAGUCAAAUUCUAGUUGAGAAAUUUUAUUUUUCAAUUCAUUUGAAUACAAUUUUUAACUUAUUAUAGACUGGCCCAUUGUAUCCUCUCCUUCUGAACAAAAUUGUGAAAAUCCUUCAAAGUUUCUUUAUCCUUUACUAAUUUUUAUACUCACAUAUAUUUUUAAAGAGACAUUAUAUCUGUAUACAUUAUUAAAUGGAUUAAUAUCUAUCCCUCCAGGAUAGAAAUAUAAUCUAUUGACUUACUUUUACCUUUGACACUAGAAUAUUAGUUUCAGAUACAAGCAAUUUAUUUAAAUUUACAAAAAACUUUGCACUACUUAAAAUAUGAUUAAAGCGACCUUAAAUUACUCCAUAUAUGUUUUUUAAUGGUUCCAUAAAUUGCUAAUCUGUAGGGGGAUGCGAUCUGUAGGCACAGGCAUGUUCUUAUCCCUGCUAAAUUUGUGCAGACAAAAACAUUAACGAUCAAGUACACAUGACAGAAUGACCAGUCAAUUCAAUAGAAGUAUAAUAACUCUAACCAGCUUUCCAAACCAUUUGGUGUUAUGCAGAUAGAAAUUUAGGGACUAACCAAUGCUUUCUUUUCCUCAUUCAACAAACUUUUAUGGGUACCUAGCAGGGAAGAGAGAAAUGGCUGCCUCUGAUUCAGAGGACAACUUAGGGAUUUUACUUCCAUAUUUAGGCAGAUCUUUGCAGCUGCAACAAGUUUCAUAAGGAUUGUCAGUCCACGCUCCAGAGAAAUUCAGAAUGAAUUCACCAGAGGAUGUUCAUUUGUAGAAGGAGAGGAUUUGGCAGGUGAGGAAUUUAGAUCUGAUUGUUUGAUUAGUGAACGCUUCAGCUGCAACAUUUGGUAUGACAUGCAUAAAAUUCAGCCUUCCACACAUAGUCUCUAUACUUCUUUAUAAAAACUAAGCACGAAGAAAUAGGAAGAUGGGGACGGGUGUGCAAGCAUCCAGAUUGUUUAAAUUCUAGUAUAACAUAAACCUUUUUUGUUCUUAAUUCCUCAACAUAAAAGAAUUGCUUGAUAGAAUCUCAGAGAGUUGGACAGGAUUAGAAAGGCCCAUUCCUACAGGAUAUUAGCUUUAAAAGAGCCCAAGCAGUAUAAAGAUGUGGUGAGUCAGGCAUAAAAGUCAGAAGACUUAGUAGCUACAAUGACUUAAACCAAAGGAAUUAUCUUAAUUUACAAGAUUCAUCCUCUUGUCCUAGCCGAAUAUCUAUCUAAUGCCUGAAGUCACUGUCACUUUCCCCAUGGGCGGUAGCAAAAACAGUCUGAGCCCUCCAUCUUGGGACCCUGCUGAGAGCCAGGUUUCACUGCUGUAGGUUUAACAGCAGUAUAGCAACCGCUCUCCUUCUAGGUAAUUAAAAGCACUAACAUAAUUCUUUUUGCCUUCCACCUAAAAAUAAUAUUAAUAUUUAUAUUAAUAUAAAUAUUUAUAUUUAAAAUAAUAUAUAAUAUUAAUAUUUAGGUCUCCAGGCCUAAAUAAAAUGACAUCUAAUAUCUAAAGUUUAUUUGGGUUAGAUGUUUUCUGAUGGUAUUAUUUGCUAGGCAGAGAUCUGAAAGACUUAUCAGAUCUUAUCCUCCUAUAGAGGAGUCCCAUACUCUUAAUUAGUUGAGAAAACCAGGAAUGAAAAACGCUGAAGCAAUGUCCUUGUAGGGUUUUUAAAUAAUCACUCAUUCAACAAACGUGGGAAGGUAGGGGCACAUCUGGGACAGUACAGUUUCUUAAGUCUAUUAUAAUGGGUUGGUCAUCAGAGUUGAACUUUCUGACUCUUCUAGUCAGAACGUAAGGAAACCGAAUCAGGCCAUAGUAGAAUUUGGUGUCAGGUUUAAUGUGUGUAUGAGGGUUUAAUGUAUGUUACUCACAAGGUCCUUUUGGAGGUUGAUCUUUAGCAGUGGUUCUCAAAUACUUAAAAGAACAAAGUCCUAAUACAAAUGUUAUUUUAAAAUCCCAUCAUAUAUUAUCUAAGGAAAAAAUUGAUCACCUGAUCUGCCUAUCUAAAAUAAGAAUUAUUAACAAUAGUAUCUUUCCUCUGAAUGCCUUUCAUGGUUAAAAAAAGGAAUCUGGUAGAAUUAGUUACUAGAAGUGAAUUGGAGUUUUUCAAAUGGGUUAUCCAUGGUUAAAACCAAAAGUAGAUCAAUUAUUUAAGUGGAUUUCUAACUGUAAAUUAAAAUGUUUAUAAAUUACCAAAAAAAUUUAAAUGUUAUUCGAUUUCUAAUCACAUUUUUUGCAGUAAAACAAAUGUGUCUAUCAUGUGAGUUCAAAGAGGCACCUGAAAGACAGGAUGAUGAUAUCCUUAAGGGCGGCCCUCGAAUUAGCUGCACUAGCUCCAACUACCUGGGAACUUGUUAGAAACAUAUUUUUGGGCGUCACCCAUACCUAUUAAAUCAGAAGCUUUGGGGGUGGGGCCAGUAAUCACAUUAUAACAAGCCCUUCUCCAUACGAUUCUGAUUCUGAUGCACGUGAACACUUUGAGAAUCACCCAUGCAGGGUUCUGUGGUCAGACCAACUUGGGUCUCAGCAUGAGUUCUUCCAUUAAUAGCUGUGUGACCCUGAGCAAGUUAAUUAACCUCCCUGAGUCUUUUUCCAGAGAUAAUGGUACCUGCCCUGAAGACACCUGAGGAGGAAAUGAGAUAACAUAUAGGAAAGUGCCUGGCACAUGGUAGGUGCUCAAAAAUGCUAGAUUCUUUGGCUCUCAUCCAGGAACAUAACAUUAUGUUCAAUCAGGAAAACAAACAAUUUUCCACAAUUUAGCUUUUGCACAACGUGCAAUGUCUCCAACUAAAUAGCUGUUACCGAGACUAAAGUUUUCGAUUCAGAAAAACUCAAGUGUAGCUAUUGGUGUCUCUCUCCUAAUUGUAUUUUGCACUAUUAGGUUUAUAGCUUUAAAGUAAUACUAUUCACAAUAAUAAUUGUGAGACUAUGAAUCUCAUCUUUACAAACAUCUCUACUCUGAGUGAUGUUAAAUGCCAAGUGGGCAAAGAUGAUCUGCUGAAUUCAGUAUAACUAGAAUGUAUUCCGUGAAGACUGGCUCACUAAGGAAGCCUCUUUACAUCCAUGAUAGUUCCCAAAUGGAUAUUUUAAAAUAAUUUUCAAAGUACAAUUUUGGAAGAAAAUAGUGUUUUUUCAGAAAAUAGAAUUUCACAGUUGUAAUGGCUCUUUUCAGGCAUCUAGGCCCACUCCCUCAUGGCACAAACAUUACAUUACACAGACGUAGCCUGCCUAAGCUCUAGCGUGCAGUGGUAGCAACGGCAAGAGACUCAGUGUGGUAAGCCUGAAUUCAGAUCCUACCUCCUCUACUCACUGUCAAGACAGACCCUCAGUGAGCCCCAGUAUCCAAAACUAUAAAAAUGAGACAACAUCUUAAAUAUCUUGAAGGGGUGUUGAGGGGUCUCUGAAAUAUAUUUGCGGAAGUGCUUUGUAAACCACAAGGCACCGUAAAACUAUAAGAUCAUCGUGUGACUUAUGCAUCAUCACAAAGGUGGUGGUCUUGUGGUACCAGUGCAGUAGCACUACUUGUCUUCUAAAAACCUUUCAGUGCUCUUUCCCCUGCCUGACACUGCCUGCAUUUAACCUUUAUGACAAAAAUCUAUACGGUGUUUCUCACACAACUCUCAAAGAUGCAUCUGGUCAGAGGAGAACGCCAGCAUUAGGGAAGCUUCCUCUGCCAUAGCACCCCAAUAUUUGUCAAAUAUUACAUUUGUCCAAGAUCCAUAAAAUUACAUUUACAUUGCAAUUGUUUUCUAGGUAUGCAAUAGCGUCCCCUUCUCCCUCUCACCUGUUUUCAUUUAAAGGUGUUUUUCUUGUGGUUCUCGUUAACUUACUAUGCAGUAAUGUCAACCUUUUAAAAACUAAAUGGAUUGUGUUUUUAAAUGCUUUAUAAAGCAUUAGGUAUUGUGAGUGAUCAGUGCCCAAGCUUACAAUAAUUCAUUACAUGCUCUUGUGGUACAAAUACACUUUAAGAAUAUGCAAUACACAAAAGACAUGAAUUAUUAAUAACUAUUAAUAAUUGACAGCAUAAAAGAAAUUAUUACAAGGCUUACGUAAACUAUUAAAUGGGGGUUGAGAGAGAUGUCUAAAAUUUAUUUAAAACUGACACAUUAUUACUAUGAAUAGAAUAACACAUCUCGAGGAAUGCAAUGUUAAGAACACAGAACCAUAAAACUGACCAAUUGCAUUGUUCUUCCAAUCAUAAUCCAACUUUUAAGUGAGAAUACCAAGAAUUAAUACAGAAAUGCUCCCAAUAAAAUAUUUUUAUUUUGAGAAGUGGCAAUAUUAACAUGGUUAUUCUUGAAAAGCUAGUAUCAAAACCCAGAUGAAUUACUCAAUUGCAGUCAUGACAUCUGUGACUUACAUUAAUUCAUUUAUAUUUUGAGAGACACAAAAUAAUUUAGCACAGCUGUGGUUUUAAAGUACUAUAUGUCUUACCUAUGUUCUUUGUACUUCCACUGUCUGUAUAUUAAUGGUGUUUUUAAGUUGAAAAUAAUCAAAUAAUCACAACUGUUAACAUUUAAACUGUAUUUUUUAAUACUGACAAUAUAUUGUUUGAGUAUUUGAGAAAAUUCCACACAAUUCCAUCAUUCUUAUGUUAUUUAGGUGUAAAAUUCAAAGAUCAGUAAUCUUAUAAUUAACUCCUCCAAAGAGCCUCAUCAAAAUGGCCCUGUAAUUACAAUAGCACUGAAAUAAUAUGGUACUCUUUUUCCAAAUAUUAAGGAAAUAGGAUAAAAAUAUUGGGGGAUCCCUAGUUUUUAAUCUCCUAGGCACCUGCCAAUUUUAAUUAAAGGCAUAUUACCUAUUUUUAGCUGAAAUUUGUGUUCUAUACUUUUGUUAGGAAUAUGUAUACCAGAAUGUUUGCCAGUUAAAAAAUAAUACAUUUCAAACAGUAAUGUGUGUAAUUACUUGAAAACGUCAGUCAUCUGAUAUAAAGAAGCUCGCUCACAUUGGUUAAGUAGUAGUACUUUGGAAUGCUUUAAACAUAAUGAAACAAUCUACCAAAACACGUAUAUUUCCUAGUCUUUAUGCACAUAGCGUAGCAUGAAAUCAUGAUGCUUUUGAAAUACUCUGUGCAGAAAUAUUUAUUUUUUAGCAAAUAUUUUCUUCAAAGAUUGGUAUGUGAUAUUGACAGUGUAAUCUACUUGCACAACUAGUUUUGCAAUAACCUUCCACAAAUAACUGUAAAUAAGAAAACUGUAAAUUUCAUGUAAAAAUGGUUGCAAAUUUUUGGUAGCUAAAAGUGUAAAAGUUGUAUUGAAAAUAUAGUAUAUAUACAUAAUUUAAGAAUGAAGCAUAUAAUUUCUGAUCUAUUUAUACAUGAAAAUUCAAGAAUUUGUAAAAGAAAUUAUUUUGGGGAAAAAGAAAGUAAAUCUCAUUAGCUACUUAGGAUACUUUUAUUAGAGAAGCCAACUCUUUCCAACAUUUUGCUAGGUACAGUGAUAGGUACAGGCAUGGUGGUGCUGAUGUAUUUCACAAAAUCACAUAAUUGUAACAGUGCUACAGUUUUACUGAGUUCCACUGAGGCGCUAGUAAGCUGGACUGAGUGGUAAAAAGCAUUAAAUCUCAAAUUAAAGAAACAUAAAAACACUGCACUUUUUGCCUCUUGAGAACACAACAGUAACUUACUAAAACAUUUAUUGUUUGAUUAUUUAAAAUUUUUGAUGGCUAAUCAGGCUUUAAUUUACAUGUGAGACAAAGUUUUUCAUAAUGUAUGCUUGAUACAUAUUUUUCAUCUAGAAUGAAAACACUGGGAUAUUAUUUUCAUUUGCCUAAGUUUCAUACAUUCUUAAUUCUUCCCCUGGAAUCAUUUAUCUAUUACUUUUUAAAACAUCAAACUAUCUUCAAAGAAAACUUUUAAAUAAAAUUGGUUAAUCAUAAUAUGGCAUGUUUUAAGCUAAGGGCUGUUUAGUCUGUUUAAGGUUGAGAAUACCUACCAUUCAUUUUUAACGUUUAAAAAACCAAGAGAACAUUCCCUACUUGAUAAAUAAAAAAUGAAAUCAGAGUAGCAGAAAGCACUGCAUUGAUAUCUACAAGUGAAGCUGAUUAGAAAAUAAGUAUCAAAGUAUGAAAAAGCAAAAUAUUUAAAAACUUAGUCUCUUGCCUUAAGAUAAAUUGGGGGUAAUGCAUUUAGAUAGCUUUGGGCAAUUAAAUAUGUAUCCACAAGUUCAAUUAAUCAGAAAAUCAUUUUUAAAUGGCCUAUAAUUUUCAAAAGAAUAUGGAUCUUUAAUUAGUAUGUUUCUAGAACAUCCAUACUAGCAAUGUUCAGGUUAUCCUUUGCAAUUUCAGUAAUCAUAACAAGAUAAAACGUGAUUAAAUACAGUCAACUAAAAUGCAAAUGACUAUAUGUGUAUAUCUGUAAAGUACAUAUUCAUAUUUUUACGCUUAUGGGAAAAGGUUGCACCCACACCCACACACACACAGUAUCAGAAGGGGUACUAAUUCCUGGCAUACUUGUCUCUGAAUAUAGGUAUUAAAUGACCUAGACCAAUUCUUCUCACUCCCUGUAAGAUUUCCAAAUUGCCACCAUCUCUGAUGUUGCAGAAGGGGCACACCUAAAAACGUAAGUAGCACAUAGGCAAGGAGCCUACUCAUUCCCUCUGUGGUACAUCAUAGCAGCACAGAAGUGCCACCAAGGUCUACUUACUAUAUAUUCAGAUAUAGAAGCACAUCUGAGCUUUGAAUGCUCAAAAUGUAAUACACAAAGCUGCAUAUUACCAAGCUACAUGGGUAAAACGAAUGUUAAGUAAUAUAAGGCUCUUUUCUUUACUAUAUGUUUUUUAAAAUAAGUAGAAAAAGACAUGGCAAGAAACAAAAACGCAGGUUUCCCAGCAUUCAAAUACUGAGCUGAUAGUGAGACAGAGAAAUUUUUCAUAACUUUCCCAGUUUUCUGGCAAGUAGUUUUGUGCUCAGAAUCCUAAGUUACAGGACAAUUUGAAUUCAAUAUGGACAUAUGUGAUGUUAUGAUCUUAUUCUAGACUACAAAUUAUCUGAACAGUAGUCAUUUAAAAUCCUGCCUGCAUUCAUCACUAUAAUAACAGAAGUUCUAAAUAUUUAUUUUUUCUUUGUAUCAUCUAAUAUUAUUAUGAAGUCAAGAUAUACUCUUAGAUGAUAACUUAGCAUUGUACAUUUAUUUCAAAAUGCUUAAUUUGCUAUGAAAAUGAUUUGAUUAAGACCAACAAAAAUGUGAUCUUUUAAUACAAGUUUCAAAGUAAUCAAACACCCAUGGUUGCAUUUUAAAGUUUAAAAGAAAAAUAUGCUAACCUGAAAAAUGUAUUGAAUUUUACUCACUAGAUUUAAUUUACCAGAUUUUGACAAAUCUAUUCCUAUUAAUUUCUCAGAAAACUGCUACAAAGAAAACAUAUCAUUUAUGAGUCUGUCGAACAUAAAAGGACAAAGAAAAACACACUUCUGACAAAUAGUAUUUCUUUUGUUUGUCGUUUAGUAAUGCCAUAACAGGUGAACGUGAUUUGUAUAUUUAAAGAAAUCAUCACAAAUUAAUUUUUUUAUGUUCUUAAUUACACAGAUUUUAACUACAUUGAUAAAUUUUACUUUCUUCCAGGGUAAAUGCCUUUUCUGGAAAUAAACAUAUCACUUGACUUUUUUUUAUUACUUUUUGUUUCUGAAUUCAUGCUUGAUAGAUCAAUUGAGCGCAGUCCUUGAAAUAACAUUUAAAGUGGACCAAAUUAAGAUUCCAAUAGUGUUAAUCUCCCCUUGAUGUAAUUUAAAAUGUGUAAACUGCCACUCGAAAUAGAAGUGUAAUUCCUGACCUUUAAUCAUUUGGCAGUCUUUUAGGCAUAGGUGAACUACUGCACUGUUAUUUGAACUGAAGCAUCUCAUAAUAUAUAUGUAACAGAUUUUGUAUGAUGCAAAACUUUACAGCAAGCUAUUUGAAUGUUUAUUAAAAAAAUUCUCAAAAUGACAUGGAAACAUGUUUAUUGGAUAAAUAAAAGCACUUAGACAUUAAGAGUGUACAUUAUUCAAUAAUUUACAUCAUCAUAAGAAAACUGGGGCAUGAGUUAACCAGUACAAACUACCAAACUAUAUUCAUAUUCCAGUAUUACUCCCUGUAAAACUAUUUAAUUUUUACCUUAGUAAAGGAUGUCUGUUUACAUUAAUUAUUUUAAAGCAUCAAAAAUGUGAAUUGCAUUUCAGCAAAAAAAUCCUAGUAAUAUAUUCUUUAAGGCUAAUGUUUAUGUAAUUAUCUAUCUAAUGUAAAGUGCAAAAGAACUGUCUGACAACUGGGGUGGAUUGGCAUGGAACAUUAGUUUUGCUAAGAGGAAGGGUUCUGUGGUUAAAAAAAAAAAAAAGUUUGGAAAAAACUGGGUCAAAUAAAAUUAAAUGAGAUUUUCUGUACCUUAGGCUUUUUUAAGCUCCCUGAGGAAGGUGAGACUUUCCCAAAUACGUUUGGUCAUGGAAACUCCUUCUUCACAGACCUCCUAUGACCAAAAGUCAUAGGAACACCUUUGGAAAAGGAUGACUUAGAGAAUUGUGUGAAGAAGUUCUAACACAAAGUGUCAUUUGGCAAAACUUAUAUGAGUCAUGUCAAGCCAUUUUAAAAGUUUUACCUCAACUAUGAGCAUCCAAAUAAGGAAAAUUAUAAAUGACCUCAGAAUAGGACAGUAACAACCACCUGUAUAAAUCAGAUGUUAAAAUUCCAUGCUACUGAGUCAUAGUAUCACCCUUAUUCAACAUGAAUGAUAUAGUGUGUUUACAUUAGCUUUUCCUACAACACUUCUAAUUAGAAUUCGAUAUCUUUUAUGACUCAGUUAACAUGCUCUCACAUUAUCAAAUAUAUGUUCAUGAAAAAAAAAUUAACAGCCAGAGGACAAAAUUACAUGGAUUAUUUAUUCACACAUUUUUAUAAAGCUGACCAAAUGAAUUCGACAGGUAAUUAUAUAAAAUUAUCAAUAUCAACAUGAAUAUACAUUACUUCCUUUCUAGGAUUUUUUUAAAGUGAAAGUUUAUAAAAGGUUUUUGUUCAAGAUGCUACCAUUCAUCCUCCAUUUUUAAUGAAAAAUUUUUAAAUGAAAAACUAUUAAUUUGGUCACGAGCCAUAUUAAGAUUAUGACAUUUGCACCUUUAAGCUGGAAGAUAGUCAGUUAAAGUGUAAGAAAAAAUAUGUGGUUUAUUAAAACUUCAUUAAGAAAGACUUUGGGGUGUUUGCCCAGAAAGGGACUGGAUUAAUUGCAGCAGCUUAUACCAGGAAUCUUAAAUGCUAAGGACCUGGUGACUCCACUUUGCAAUUUUUGUUAGUAACACCACUCAAAAAUGCUUCCACAAUGCCUACCAUGCUUAGGACCCACAUUACACCUAGUGGUAAAGACUUACUGGUUUACUAAUGCCAAAAUCACUGGCUAAUGUUGUCAAGAAAGUCAAACUUAUAAUUUCUGAACAUUUAAACAAAGUGGUAGAUUACUGGAGUUUUUUAAACUUUCUAAACAGUUAACAGCAUUAUGUAUAAACAAUUUAGUUUAAAAGGACAAAUUUAAAUAUUGACAUUUCAUUAAAAAUACGUCAUUUCCAGAAAAUCUAGAUUUAGAAAAAGACGCCAUUUUAGGUUACCUAUAAAGCGCAGAGAAAAAAGUUAUGUUUAUUAAGAAUUUUUUUCCACAGGAGACAAUAAAACAUAUUGAAGAAAAAUAUAUACUGCAAAAAAUUUAAAAAGGAAAAACAA